GCCGGCUUUGCGGAUAACAUUGCUGUGAGCUACCAAUCAUGGGUAAGCUGACAGCAGCUGUCGCUCCUUCGCUCCCUUCGGCCCUCCACACCCACGCUCCUCUGCCUGGACAUGACGCCAGAGAUGCACGCGAACGCGUUCACACAGAAGCACUCCAUCACUGCGCGCGCGUCAGGCUUCAUCGUUCUCGGCCCGGUCUCAUCCACCAGCAAGAGCGGUGAACGGCCCGGUCAGAUGACGGACUGGCGCGACAUUGUCAACGCGAUCCAAGAUAUGGCGGCGCUGCAUCAGAUGCGGCAGGCGCAAGCCGCGGCCGAGCGCACUGGAGACCCGUCCUUUGGUCCGGCAGAAUCGGGGUAUCAGCCGACGUACAUGCGCGAGAAGCUACCGACCAUGCCAAUCCGCGAUCCAUUGACGUUGAUUGAGGCAACCGGCAAAGCGGGGAGCGCGGUGAAGGCGUUCAUCGAGGCUGAGAACUCGCAGAAUCGACUUGAGAAGGAGGACGCGGUCAUGAGCGAGGGUGUCACGUUGGCAUCGGAAGUGGCAUCUGAAGACAAACGCGACUCCGGGGCAGGCGACAAGGGCGAGGUGCAACCCCCGUACCCUUUCCAGUCUAUCCGGCCCGGGUGGGGAGAGUACAACCCAAUAGGCCCCGAUCAUUAUAUGAUGCCUCUGCCCGGGCUACCUACGACGGUGCCAGGCCGCAUCAACUUGGGUCCACGAGCAGAGGCCCUCAGCAAGACACCAUGGCAGUUCUCGAGCGCGGAACAUUGGCACCACAUGAGCGAGACAGGCGUUCCCGCUGCGCGCGACGACGAGCAAACAACUGUGGGCGCCUACAUACACGCAAGCACAAUGAUGACUCGGCCUUGAGAUGUGAACGAGGAGGAGGCGGGGGGAUGGACCCCGGAUG